AUGAAGAUCUUUUGCGUUAUUGCUACUUCAAUUUUCAUUUUCGCUCGUUCCAGCGAAGGGUUUACAGUCUUAAGUGAUCAAUUGUCCAAGCCAUCAUCAUCACAACUGUACGAUAAAACCAAGGAUGAUAAGACCCCUGGAGAAAAGCUCGAUGAUACAAUUGACAAUGUCAACGAAAAGGUACCCGAAUCUGCAGAGGAAGCUGGAUCGCAGGUUGGCAGUGCGAUCGAUUCGGGUGUGCAAAACGUUAAGGAUGCCGCCAAGACUGAGGAGGAGAAGGAAGCAGAGAAGAGCACCACUGAAAAGAUAGCUGAUUCUGCGAAGAAGGCCAAAUCGAAAGCUGCCGACACGGCCAAGUCGGGUGUAGAAAAAGUAAAGGACACGGUCAGUUCCGGUGCAGAAAAAGUAAAGGACACGGUCAGUUCCGGUGCAGAAAAAGUAAAGGACACUGUCAGCAGCGACGAUUAA